UCGGAAUUACAGUUUUGCAAUCGCCUACUUAGACGUUUCACGGGCGUGGCGUCCUUACUUAGCGUAGGCAGACUCGGUUCCACUUGAUUAUCUAAGGAUCAGACUCUUUUCUACUUUCUGAGCGACAGUUCUCCCCGUAGUGUAGUGUCGGUGUCGACUAUGUUUCGCUGCGGAAUUGAGUAUUCGCGGUGCAGGUGGGUUUUGCCCCUUCUGCUACUUUUUGCGAUUAUAUUUGACAUUAUUGCCAUCGCCGCUACCUCCGGAUGGGUCGAGAACGAGGACGCCAAGUCUCACUAUGCGAGUAUGUGGGAACAAUGCCGAGGUCAAAAUGAUAAUUGGAACUGCAAACCUCUCACGGAAUAUUCUUGGGCACAAGCUGUGGCAGCUCUCAUGAUUCUGGGCCUUCUAUUCCUUAUUGUGGCUUUCAUCAUCUCCUGCCUUGCCCUCUGCUGUGGCCUCAACUUUGCCCUGCUGCCAGUCAUCGGGGGCCUCCUGUUCAUUGCUGUUAUCCUGCAGAUCAUCGCCCUGGUUAUCUACCCCAUCAAGUUCAAUGAGCUGAUCUUUGAGGGCCACUAUUACUACACCUGGGCGUAUGGUUUCGGCUGGGGGGCCACCGUACUCAUGUUUGGCUGUGGCAUCCUUUUCUGCUGUCUGCCCCGGUACGAGGACGAAGUCACUGGGCUGGCAAAGUUCAAGUACAUCUACAGCUCUGACUAGAGAAUAGAGGUGGUACUCCAGGUGCCACUGCCAAAGUGACUUGUGUUUAACAGUGGUAGGAGAGUGAGGCUUCUUGAACCCCUUUAAUGGGUGAGCUACUUUUUUUUUGAGACUUGAUUAACAAUCAAUCAACACAUUUUGCUUUCAAUAUCAAAACAAUCUAUUGAAGACAAUGAGUUGUUGAUGACACAUGAGAGCUUCACACAUUUUGGGGUUCAUGGAACCUUGCACUUUUGUUGUACAAGGGUGCCCCAAUAUGUCUUUUGUAACUCAGAAAGGAGAGCCCAUUCUUGUUAUUGUUAUUGUCCAUUUCCCUGUGUUGUUUCCAUUAUCAUCUCCAGCUGGUCAGAUUGACCCGUUCAGCAAAAGGCCUAGACUGCCAUCUGUCACUAUUCACUCCAUUUGCAGUGAGUCACUAUCCCACCAGGCUAGACAGUGUUAACAAUCAAUAGAGCAAUUCCAUUAAAAACUGACUAGUUUCACUGCUCAUUAAUUCUAGCUAUAAUUCAGACCAUGAAAAGCUAUAUGAAAAACCAUGAAAGCAUGCACAAGUAAAGGUUGCUACCUUCAAUGUGCAGAUCAAAUCAUCCAUGUGAGAGGGACUGAAUUGAUUGAAGUACAAAACGAUCUGCCCAUAACUGCUUGAAUGGUGCUGUUUCAUUUUUAAGUACAAUAAUGAAAGAAUGUGAUCGUAGUGGCCCCAUAUCACAUUUUGGUCCCUCUUAUUUGGUGCCUUUACACUGAUCCUAAAAAUGUUCAAUCACAUGGUUCAAAAAGAGUAAUUCAGAUUUAAUUUAAUUUAAAUCAUCUUUAAUGAUUAAAAUCAACGCCUAACAUUGUGUCCCCAAUUACUUAAGCCAAACGCCAAUGCAGUCUCAAGGACGUGAAUGAAAAGGUCAUAUCUCUAAUACAUUUGCAAUAGAACAUUAGAAGGAAGGCAUCGAUCCAUUUCAAAGGUAGAAGUUGUAUGUCCCACAAAGCGAUAAGUUCCAUGUUCUACCUUCAAACUGAUGUUUUUUAGUUGAAUUUAUUAUUUCACAUUUAAAGAUGAUACGGAUCAUAAAUAUGCUGACAUAAUAAGCAUUGGCAAUUGUUUCUCUUGGUGAUAUUGAGUUAUUCAUAGUAAACCAUUAGGACUGAUGUCAGGAAGAGAGCAGGGGCUUAAUUAAAGUGAAUCUGAAAAACUAAAUCUAAAUUCAGAAACAGCCCAUUGAUACCAUUUUUGCAUAAGCACAAUUGAAAUUUUUAAAAUGACAGGUAAAAUAACUGGGAUAAAUGCAUAACUGAGAUAAAUGCAGACGACAGUUGUAAAUUAGGCUAUACCAGGAAAACAAAGUAUAUAUUAAAAAGAGACCACAUGUGACAGUGCAAUUUCAUGAACCAUAGAAGUUUAUGAGAUCAUGAACUGAAACUUUGCAGAAAAUUGUGCCUUAGCUAUUUAGAGGCAUACUGUAUUAGAGACAUACUGUAUUCAGGUACAUAAAUAUACUUCCCAGCUGCCUUGAACUGUUACACAACUUUCGGUUACAUCACACUGAAUGUCCCAUAAAAUAUGUAUUUAAAUGCAUUUUCAUAUUUAAGAAAUAUGAAAACACUUUUUUCCUUAAAUGGUAACUCGUAUUUGGAAUGCUGAUGUUUUACUAAUGUUUUAUAUGUGUGGGUAACUCUAAAUGGCUUUACUGUUUGGACUUGUUUAAUUGCUUUGUAUUGCGUACUUUAUAGGUGACCUCUUGAAAGGAGGGGAAUGCUUGUAAAUAUUACUGUUUUGUUUCUUCUCAUUGUCAUAAAAACUGUACAUCAGAUGCAGGCUCUUUCCAACAUAAAUCCAACAACAGUUGUAAUCUGUGUGCAGUAAAA